AUAGAUGAUGAUUUUAUUGAAGUCUAAUGUUUCAAUGAAGUACAUAAUCAAUUAGGGUUUGUUUUUUUUUUAACUUUCUAUUUGGAAAUAAGACAUGGAAGUUGCAAAAAAUAGACUUCUCCUGUAUAUUCCUCCAACUUUCCCCAAUGAUAUCUCACACAACCAUAGAGCAUCAAAACCAGAAAACUGACCAGGCACAGUGGUGGGCCACCUAAAGUCCCAGCUACUCAGGUGGCUGAGGUGGGAAGAUCCCUGGAACCCAGGAGUUCAAGGCCAGCCUGAGCAACAGUGAGACAGUGGCUCUAAAAACAAAAAUGGAAGAAAACCAGAAAACUGGUAUCGUUAAUUGUUUUUAAGGAAUCCGAGGCUCCUUUAAAAGUCUGUUAUAAAAUUAUAGAUCUCUCAUAAAUAUUGAGGUGGGAAGAUUCCCUAGAAGCAGCCUAGUCAGAAAGUGAAGGCAGUGACAUCCAGCCAGCACCAUAAUAAUGACACUCUCUUGGCUGUACACUCCAAUCAUUGGAAGACAGGUGAAAUUGAGGCACUGGCUGGGCCCAACUUAAAUUAAUGACAUUAACCUCUGCAGGCAAGGCUCAAGUAUCAGUAUGUUUUAAAUAUUCUCAGGAGAUCCUAAUGUUCAGUCUGGGUUCGGAACCAUGGCUGUAGAUACGUGGAUAUAAUGCUUUUUUUUUUAAUGAGGUUUUUGAAUGUUUUUAAUGACGUCAUUGACAAAUAUUAAAAGGUAUCCAAAUCGCCUUUAAAGAUUCAUGUUUCAAUGUACUUCUCAUAAUUAGGCAAAUUAAGCCUUUAAAAAAAACCCAAACUACCCAAUAGAAAGGUAAUGAGAUUUCUCAUCUCUGGACAAUGUCUCAGAGGUUCAGUGUAGGAUUAAAAAGACGGCUGAGGUUUCCUACGGAAAACAACUGUGGCCUCUGAAGGUUCACUCAAAAAUCAACUGAUAAAAGGCGACUAACAGGAGAAAAGGCAUACCUAACACUGGGGAAUAGCAGGAGAAUGAUUAUCCAGUAGCCUAAUGGAGUACAGAAGCUUUUAUAUCCUUUAUUCAUAAGACAAAAAAGAUGGGGAAUGUAGACAUUUAUUUUGAGGGGCAGCAAAUGGUUAUUAGUAAGAAUGAAUGGAAGGAAAUUAACUAGUAAAUGAUUUUGAGUUAUCUUGUGAAAAAGUCCCUCCAGGCAUGGCUGUAUUUCUCAGUCUCUGAAAUAGGUAAGAGAUUUCAGUGAGGGGGAGCAAUGUGAUUGUUUCUCCUACAAAGAGGCUUCUCUAGUCAGAGAAGGAAAUUUCAGAAUCUCCCUGCACUUAGGGAAAAGGGGGGUAACAAGUCAACAUUAGGAUCUCUCAUAAAUAUUGAGGUGGGAAUAUCGGCCACCACUUCCCUUGGUACAAGCGAAACAGGAGCCGCGCCGAGGCUAAAGGAGAGGACGGAAGCAGGAAUGAUAGUCAAUGCUGUCACCUCUAUUUUGGGCAUAAGGGAUCUUGUUAGGAAGAUUCCCUGGAAGCAGUCUAGGUCCCCUAGACUAUGAGGCAGCUUCUAAAGCCUCUCAUUCUUUGGGGUAUCGCUUUCUGAGCGUCAAGAGUAAACCGUGACAUAUUCCUUUCCUUCCAACGUAGAUUCUAGUAGUUUGGAUCAGUAUUAUUUUUACUUCAAGUUUCUGGAAACACUGGAAAUUGCUAGCUAGUAUCAGAGGAAAUAACUACAAGGUUGACUUCACCCAUUCUGCCUACCCGCGGUAGGUAACUAUGUAUGAUUAUGCCUAGAGACUCCUAGGCAUGAUCAAAUUAUCUCUGUCAAGUCCUCCCUCUAAGACUAUUUUUGGAAACUAGGGAUUUUCCAGAUUACUGAAAGCCGUGCCGGUGUCAAAAGCCAGCCACGAGUUUCGCAAGCGGAGCUACGAAAGCAGCCACCCUCCCGAUCAUUCCUAGGCCUCCGCUCUACUUCCCCACACUGGGAACCACACGCUUUCCGUGGAGCUUUCAUUUGGGAACCGAUACGGUCCACAGCCCUGUGUUCUUCAAAUACUGUAAAGCACCCUCUCCCGAUUCCUUGAGGGUCACUUUAUAUUACACAUUGGUCCACAUACGACACCAGAGUCACCACUUCCACCCGCCAAAGCGUGCUUAGAUCGGCCGCCACUUCCCUUGGUACAAGCGAAACAAGAGCCGCGCCGAGGCUAAAGGAGAGGACGGAAGCAGGAAUAGUCAAUGCUGUCACCUCUAUUUUGGGCAUAAGGGGUCUUGUUAAGCUCCGUUUUUUGUGUGGCUAAGUAUCGCAGACAAGGUGGUUUCGACUGGCCUUGGCUAGAGACGGCCUCCUUGGCCCCAAAGUCGGUCGCAGCACCUGACGGUCCCCGCGCAGGCCCAGACGCCAAGGGCGGGGGCACUGCCUGGAGGGACUAGUUGGCGGGCGGCCGCCGGGCGUGGUGACGUCAGGGCGGAAGCGCACACGGCGUGAAGCGGCCGAGAACCCGGCGGUCACGGGAAUAUCCGUCGCGCCGAGAACGCUGGUUAGUCUUGUUUCGGGUUCCGGCUGCGUUGGGCUUGCGUGCAGCUCGCUAAGACUAUGGCGUCCGGGCCUCACCCGACAGCUACUGCUGCCGCCGCCGCCGCCGCUUCGUCAGCCGUCCCAAGCGCUGGCGGCUCCAGCUCCGGGACCACGACCACGACCACGACCACGACGGGAGGGAUCCUGAUCGGCGACCGCCUGUACUCGGAAGUUUCACUCACCAUCGAUCACUCUCUGAUUCCGGAGGAGAGGCUCUCGCCCACCCCGUCCAUGCAGGACGGGCUCGACCUGCCCAGCGAGACAGACUUACGCAUCCUGGGCUGCGAGCUCAUCCAGGCCGCCGGCAUUCUACUCCGGCUGCCGCAGGUGGCGAUGGCAACGGGGCAGGUGUUGUUUCAUCGUUUUUUCUACUCCAAAUCUUUCGUCAAACACAGUUUCGAGAUUGUUGCUAUGGCUUGUAUUAAUCUUGCAUCAAAAAUCGAAGAAGCACCUAGAAGAAUAAGAGAUGUGAUUAAUGUAUUCCACCACCUACGCCAGUUAAGAGGAAAAAGGACUCCAAGCCCCCUGAUCCUUGAUCAGAACUACAUUAACACCAAAAAUCAAGUUAUCAAAGCAGAGAGGAGGGUGCUAAAGGAGUUGGGAUUUUGUGUUCAUGUCAAGCAUCCUCAUAAGAUCAUUGUUAUGUAUUUACAAGUCUUAGAAUGUGAACGUAAUCAAACCCUGGUUCAAACUGCCUGGGUAGUCCAUGAUGGUAAGUCAUAGAACUCUGCCCUCUGCACUUCAGCCCAUGACCUCAGGAUGGCCUGAUUGGCUACCCUGCUCUCCAGCCAAUCCAGUGCAAGCUCUCAUCCGAGAUUCACUGAAGUGGUCCAUAUCCAUCUGGCAGCAUCUUCUAGUUCUGUCGGGGUGUCAAAAGGAUUUGUAUAUUUGCUUCUAGAAGUAACUAUUUGACAUGCCUAUGUAUUUAAUGUAUACUUGUAACUAUCAAAAUGAAUAGUUCAUUUUUGAUAGAUUUGUUGUCCAGCCAUUAUGAAUUAAAUGGUUUAUUAGGAGUUUGACUAAAUUUUUAUUUUUAGUAUGUAUAGCAUGAAUUCUACCAAAGGAGACUACAAACUUGCAGUUUAAAAUGGGCACCAGUUCCCACACUGGCUUAAUUUAUAUAGUUAUAUAGCUGCUUGGCUGUAUUGCUGGUAAUGUUAGAAGUAAGAAGCACUUCGUUAUUGAAAGAGAUGUUACUAUUAUACUGCUUAAAUGCUUUAGCACUUGGACUUUUUGAGAUGCAGAUGUGUGAUUUUGCGUUCUGGCUUAUUUAAAGGUCAAGCCAAGGAGUUUGUGGUUCAGCCACAACUACUGUUUCCUUAAGACUUGAUGUGAAGGACUUAGUGAAGUAAUUUUUAUAUUUUGGACUUCCCAGCAAGAUGUCCUAUUUAUGACUGCCAUGCUUCUUUUGGACUCAGUAAAUGUUUGUAAUGUUAGAAAAGUCUCGUUACUUUUAUAAAAUGCAUGACAUUUUAAAUGUGUUUCAUAAAAUGGAUUAUAGCAGUUCUGAUGGUUUAGGAUUUUUUAGAAAUCGUCCGUUUAAUUUCAGCUUAACCUUUUAAAUGACCUGUAAAUUUUCUUUAUUAGUUUAGGAAUAUUGUGGGGAGAGUUCAUUAAUAAUAAAAGUUCAGCAAUUUUUUAACUGAAAUAGUUUAUCUCUUUUACCUAGUCACAAAAAAAAGGUAUGUAAACAAGGCCAUUAUGUUUUUAUUGCUCUUUACUUCCCUAUCUAGAUUUUCUAAAGUAUCUUAGCUUUCUUAAUGUAAGUUUAACUUGGUACUUACUGAAAAUGUUUUUUUACCCCUGUUAACGAUACUUUGAGCUUUUGAAAUGAACUUGGUUGACACAGCUUUAUUGUGGAUAAAGGAGAGAUGGUCAAUAAUUAAUGGCUUGAAGUAUUGUUGGAGUGGUUUAUCAUUUCUGAAACUAAUCUUGUCAGAAUUGACUUUGAAAGCAUUGCUUUUUACAGAAAUAAUACUUUAGGAGUAAUUUCUAGUUGGAUAGUAAUACGAAAUAAUUUAAAGGGGCUUUGGUCAUAUAUAUUGGAGAACUGCAAAUGGUCCUCGUAUUAAAUUCUUACUGCUUACUGCUUUUUUUUGAGUUAAGAGUUGUUAUAUGCUAGAAUAUGAGGAUGUGAAUAUAAAUAAGAGAAGAAAAAAGAAUAAAGUAGAUUGAGUCUCCAAUUUUAUGUAAGCUUCAGAAGAACUGGUUUGUUUACAUACAAGCUU